AUGUCAACUCCAGACAUAUCUCAGUUGACUCCGUCACAGCAGGAGGCACUGCAAACAUACACGGCUGUGACGGAUCAGGAUCCUAUCGCUGCCAUUCCUCUACUUCAACGUGCCGAGUGGAACGUUCAAAUCGCAAUCGCUCGCUUCUUCGACGGAGAGCCUACAACGGACCCCGUGGCCGAAGCCCGCGCUCAAUUACCCUCUACAUCUGCUAGACAGACUUCCAACUUACAAUAUGAGUCUCUGCUGGCGGGAACACGGCCUUCUAUCCCCCGAAUCGAUCCCGACGAUGUGGUGGAAAGGGUGGACACUUCCUCCGCAACCGAGACGCAAUAUCGUCCGUCCUUCCUCAUCUCCCUACUUUUCACUCCGUUCAACAUCGUCUACCGGGUCUUGACCACCGUCCUCUCCCCCUUUGGUUUCCUCAUUCCCUCCUUUCUCUCACGAUUGUUCAAUCGUCUCAUAUACCAACAGUCUAGACCGGCUAGGAGAGCAUUACCACCAGCCGAAAAUACGAGAAGAUUUAUACGGGAGCUAAGUGAAGAGUAUGGAGAGAACACUCUCCCGUUUGCAGAGACAGGGUUCAACUUGGCCCUAGACAAUGCGAAAAAGGACUUGAAAUUCAUUCUCGCGGUAUUGCUGUCUCCGAGCCACGAUGAGAACCACACAUGGGUCAGAGAGACACUACUUUCGAGUCAGUUCAAGACCUUCCUCGAUACCCAUAAAGAUGAGAUCAUCCUUUGGGGCGGCAAUGUCAGAGACUCGGAGGCAUAUCAGGUCUCGAGUAGUUUGCAAUGUACAAAGUUUCCCUUUGCUGCACUGGUAUGCCAAACAACCGAAGCCGGCUCAUCAAAUAUGGCAGUCAUCAUGCGGGCUGCGGGGACGACCACGGCCUCCGAGCUGGUGGGCAAACUAGGUACGGCCAUGACCUCCCAUCAGGCACAACUUGGUGCAGCCCGAGCUCAGCGAAUGGAGCAGCAAGCAUCUCGAAGUUUACGACAGGAACAAGACUCGGCCUAUGAGCGGUCGCUGGCUCAAGAUCGUGAGCGUGCCCGUCUGAGACGAGAACAACAGGAAGCUGCCGAACGAGCGGAACGAGAGGCCAGAGAGCUUGCACAGGCGCAAGAGAGGAAGCAGCAGAACAUAGCACAGUGGAAGCAGUGGCGUGCCGAGUCACUUCCUGAUGAACCGGGAGCCGAUGUCAAAGAUGCCAUUAGGAUCAGCAUCCGCAUGCCAUCUGGAGACCGGGUGAUACGGAAAUUCCGUGCCGACGCAGAUCUGGAAGAAUUGUAUGCAUUCGUCGAGUGCUAUGAUAUCAUCAAGACAACGGAAGACGAAGAGUCCCCUGAGACACGUGAAAAGGGAAUUGAGGAGCCACUCAACUACGAACACCAAUAUAGGUUUCGACUAGUUUCACCUAUGCCGAGGACCGUGUUCGAGUUGGAGAAGGGGGGCUCUGUGGGGGAAAGGGUUGGGAGAGGUGCAAAUCUGAUUGUCGAGCCCAUUACGGAAGACGAUGAUGAGGAUGAUGAGGACGAGUGA